CUGACCCCCUCGGUAGCCUUUGACUGCAGUACUAAGUUACAGUACACCAAUCUUCAAUCUUCUUGCGACAACGAUUCGUCAACUCGUCCAUAUACCAGAAAGACACCUCGAGUAUCGUCAUUUCGUCAUCACAUACCAACAUGGCAGCCAAACUGUCAAAUUCGAAGCAAGCGCGACCAGAGCAAAUCUCACAAGAGGCACCGCCUCCUUCCUCCUCGACAUCACAACAGACACCUAUCUCUCAUCCUGGCCCGUCAGGAUCGGUACCUCAUUCUCACGUGCACCCACAACCGUUCAUCCAUUCCAGACCCUCCGGCAAUGUGGUCAUGUACAACUAUGAAGGAUGGACACCCCCACCUAAUGACGCCGUCGCAAGAGCACGAGCGAGAAGGAGAUUCUUUGUUGCUCUCGCUUGGGGGUUCUUGAUCUGGAUAGUCCUCGGAGGGCUGAUCGGCGGCGGAGCAGCCGACAUGUCACAAACCCGCAAACAUCGCGACCGAGGCCGAAUGCACACCUGGACUAAGGACACGGUACCGUCAGACCUGGCCGUCGACGCAGUUCAAACCCAGACUCGAGCGUCUGCCGAUGGGGAAGCCGGGCUGGGGUGGUUCGGGAUCCGUUAGACCUCGCCUAGUCGUCUUACCGCCUGUACCACACUUCGACGGCAGGACAACCUUAGGGAGAGCGGAUCGUCGGCUUGUCGCCCGCAGGAACCUUGUACAAGUAUAAUAACACGUUUCUUGCCGCUGUAUAUGUCAUCCUGAUACCCAGUUCGCCCCGAGACAGGAGCCGUAGUGAUCCAAAUGUGGCCUCGAUCCAAAUCUUCGUACGAGACGACAGGAGAAGAUUCAGCAGUCAAGAUCACGGCUUGUG